AUGGACAAUAAGAAAUGCUUAUUUGAGAGAUUUGGAGGCGAUCAAUAGGUUUCUGAACUCAUUGAUCAAUUCUAUUAUAAAGUCCUCUUCGAUAAAUUAUUAAGAGAUAAGUUUCUCAAAGCUGACAUGAGUCGUGUAAGAUAUCAAUAGAAGAGAUUCUUUUCUUAAAUGAUGGGUGAUAAAAACACUCAAUACACAGGCAGAGAUUUGAUUGAAGUUCAUAAAGAAUUGAACAUAUCAAAUUAGCAGUUCGAUAAAUUUAAGGUGCAUCUCAAAAACAUAGCACAGGACAUGGAAGUAGGAGGAGCAGAUUUGGAUGAAUUACUCGAUCACGUUGAAAAGUAUAGAGAAUAGAUUGUGUUUAAUAAGGCAGCGUGAUUCUAUAAUUAUACAUUCACAUAAACAAUUUCAUCUAUAUACUUUAC